CCUUUUCUCGGCGGUUUCCAACCUCAGACUUGUGUUGCUUUGCGGUUCCUUCUUGUCAAACACUCUCUCUCAAAGGAAAAACGAAGGCAUGAGGAGAGAGUUCCAUGUGAGUGAAGAUGAUUUCUUGCGCUUAGCCAGGCGAUUCCUUCCCGCUACCAACUUUCUCAUUUCUACGAUCACUGAGCUUUUUUCUGGAGAACCAUCAAUGACGCUCAAAGUGACACCUUUUCUGCUUAUUGGAGCUGAGUAUACCUCUUAA